GGCGCCGCCUCCAGACGCCGGGAUGGCGCUCAGGGGGAAGUUGAUCGCUGUGCUCGGGGAUGAGGAUACAUGCACCGGCUUCCUGCUCGGCGGUAUCGGGGAGUUAAACAAGAACCGGCGGCCCAACUUCCUGGUGGUGGAGAAGGAGACGAGUGUGGCCGAGAUCGAGGAGACCUUCAAGAGUUUCUUGAGCCGUGAUGACAUUGGGAUCAUCCUAAUCAAUCAGUACAUUGCUGAAAUGAUUCGUCAUGUCAUUGAUGCCCAUACUCUGUCCAUUCCUGCUGUGUUGGAAAUCCCUUCCAAGGAACACCCAUAUGAUGCUUCCAAGGACUCCAUCCUGCGCCGCGCCAAAGGAAUGUUCAGUACUGAUGACUUCCGAUAGCCGGACUUGCCCAACGCUGAUCUGUGGCUGCUCGCUCCAGUCUUGCCUCACUCUCGUGUUGUAAUGUGUUGUGCAAACCAUGGAGUUUGCUCUCAAAUUAAUCAUUCCCGUGGGAAGUCAUCUUCUCCAUUACUGCUAGAGAUGACUGUCCCAACCCAAAUUUGGUGUGCUGGCUGUCAAGAUAUUUCCAUUCUCCUGGAGUAGUUUUACCAUCAUCAGUAAGAGGAUGUGAACUUCUGUUGGUUUUGCAUCUAUCCUGCACUGUUCCUGCCCUGGAUGUAUUUGUUUGUGGAGGGAAGGUUACUAUUUCUACCUAUCCUCGUUUAAUUAUGUCCUUUUGAUUUAUUUCUGUUUGAUUACUGAAGGUUGGACAGAAAGUGACCCCAACCAAUCAGUUUUUGAAUAAAAUAUUCAUAAAGCUGGAAGUUAUUUGGCAUUGUUCAUGCAUCAAGCACUGGCAUCUGGGCUGAGGGUUGGUGAGAGGUCAGUGUUGCUGUUUAAUGGGUAUACUAUAAAAACAAUGGUUGAUUACUGAAUCUUCACUGCACCCUGGGCACUCCUGGUGUGUACUGGUUAACAGGUGCCGAAUGCAGUUCCUGUCUAGUUUUGUUGAGUUUUUCCUGUGCUCUUCAAAGAGUUGUUUAUAGUGUUCUGAGCCCUGAUCUGUAUCAAUAAAUAAACACCAAGUUCAAUCUU